UGAAAUAAGCGGUUAUAGCAGGUUAAUUUGAUUUAGAAAAUUCUGUUAUCCACUUAACCGGUUAAGUUUGCCCAUCGCUAAUUGACAGAUGGAUUUAUUUUGACAGAUGUCCGACUUCUAGGAAUACAAGUCGCGAAAAAAUUAAUAUACGUUCCAAAUGAAUGUAAAAAUAAUCCUUUAAGUUAAAAGAAAGUGUUGAUAAUUUUUAGCAGCAACAUUUAAGUACGCCACAAUGAAUCAAACGCCACUGACGGAUAAAAAAAAUACGACCUGCAAAAUGAGAUUUUUCUAAGAGCAAUUUUAGGGGAGGGUUGAAGAAUAUUCCAUUGAUUUUUUAAAUUUCACCUUCAAAUAUGGCACAAUCUGGAACAGAAAAUAUUGAAAUCAAGAUAAAAGAAGAGCCUCCCGAUUACGCUUUACCUCUAAAUUCUAUAAAACAAGACCCCGAUUCGCAAAACUUCCAAAAAAUCAAAAUUUACCAGCAAAAUGAAUUUCAGCACAGCAAUAGUACAAAUCAUAUAGACAAUUUAAUAUUAACCAAAGAAGAAAUAAAGGAAGAAGUAGAAGAUAAUUAUGAAUUGUUACCUUCAGAUCUAGAAAAAGACGUUAAGGAAAUCAACAAGCAAGAUGAAAACAUAAACACUGGAAAGGCACCUUUAGCAAAUACUUCAUAUAAGUGCCAAAUAUGUAAUGAAAUAUUCUUGAAGUUCCCAGAGUAUAGGAUACAUAAAAAGAAUCACAGCAUAGAAAAAAGAAGAUGCCAUAUUUGUAACAUAGUUUGUCAAAACAUCAGCAAGUUGAGAGAUCACAUCAAUAAACACCUGGGCCUGAAGCCAUUUAAAUGUGAUCAGUGUGACAAAUGCUUCAUUUCAAAACACCAUGUUAAGCUCCACAAAAGAUGUCACAGCACUGAAAAAAUUUUCAAAUGUACAAAGUGUGAGAAGGCCUUCAAAAAUCAGAUGUCUUUGAGAAGUCACCUGGUUGUUCAUUAUGAGAAAAUCAAGGAGUUCAUUUGCAAGGUUUGCAACAAAGAAUGUGCCGACCGUCCCAGUUUCCGACAACACAUGGCCUCCCAUGGAAAAACAGUGGACAUCAAAUGCGGCCUUUGCAACAAAAAAUUCAAUAAUGAUCGAGGAUUGGAGUGCCAUCUCAGCACUCAUAAGGAGCUCAAAUUCCCCUGUGAUUUUUGUGGAAAGAUAUACCCAUCGAUGUAUAGAAUAAAGAGGCAUAUUAAGAGGGCUCAUGUAAAGAAUCACUGUGACGUUUGUAAUGAGGUAUUUUUUGACCGAGCAGCGUUCACACGCCACAAAAAAACCCACGAAGAUUCGAAACCGGCCGAAUGUGAGUUUUGCCAAAAAAGAUUUACUAAAGCGAAAAAUUUAACGGAGCAUAUCAGACUGCAACACAGGAAAGAUGAGCAAGUUAGGAAAUGCAACAUUUGUGAUAAGGAGUUUAUCAAUUUGCCAUUGUUGAAGAAUCAUUUGAAAACGCACGACAAGUGUUUCAAGUGUCCAGAGUGUGACAUGGUGUUUUCAUCCAGGUACAACCUUGAGAUCCACUCUGUAACUCAUACGGGUGCGAGAAACCACAAAUGUCACGUGUGCCAAAAAUCCUUCUCGACACGAACCAGCCUGAAAAACCACAUGGCUACGCACAGUGACGUCAGAAAUUUUCAAUGUGAAGUUUGUUCAAAAACGUUUAAGACCAAUAGAAGGCUGUAUGUGCACAAGUUCUGUCAUGCUACAGAAGAGAAGUAUCAGUGCGAGAUAUGCCUCCAGAAAUUCAAGGUGAAGCAGUACUUAAAGUACCACAUGAACAAACACUCGACUGUUAAACCCUUCGAAUGCGACGUGUGUAAAAAACGCUUCAAGCAUAAGAAAAGUUACGAAAAACACAUGACAUUUGGUAGACAUAAGAAAGUACAGGACACCGAACACGACUGCGAUUUUUGCGAUGAAACGUUCCCGAAUAGGGAAGAAUUGAUCGAGCAUUUUGAAGAGGUGCAUCAUGAAGAGAAUGUUAUCAAUAACCUCGAAGAUAUGGAAGACAUCACUAUCAAAAUUGAGGACGAAGAGGAAGGAUGUUAAAUUCCAGAUCGUUUGUUUGGGCAGAAAACUUCAAAUAUUAUUUUGUGAUCUCGUUUCCAGUGCUUGUGACAAAUGUUUUUAUAUUCGUUAUUUUCAUGUUUAUUUACUUUUUGUUAUUUUGGUUUUAACACGUCUAGUCUUCACCUAGUUGUUUAUUUUUAAUACUGUCAGUAUUAUUGUUUUAAGUAUUAUUUAUUUUGAUGUGCUUAGUUUAGCUUCAAAAACUAGCUGUCUAAAAUUAUUUUUGUAAGAACUCGUCUCUUGAAAAAUAUACUUCCUGUUUUUUAUGUUAACAUUUAUUUCGACUUUAUUGGCGAUUUGUAUUUGUCACAUUUGAAUAAGAAAACAAUACGUAAAUUAUAAUAGUAUCAAAAAUUGUAAUUGAAAUGACUGGAGUCUAGAAUUUGGACCCAUAACCUUAAAUUCAGUCAGUUGCUUCUGACAGCUUUUGAUUUUAUUUAUUUUCUCAAGGGAGAAGGCGAACAUGUUUGAUCCGAGGGCUUCUCUUUGAAUAUCGUUACAUUAAGGCUUCUUUAUUCCACUACCUUCCAUAAGAAGUGCAGAGGCCUACCCAUGUUAGUCUUCAUAGCACAUACCGCAUCAAGCAUCACAUAAAUAAUGAAUUAAGAUAUAAUAAUAUCGAAAAAAGUUACCUUCUUUGAUAUUUGACAAGUCACCUGUUGCGCCCAAGUGAGCAAACAAGACCUCUUUAGAAUAAGGAAGCGUCAAAAAACGACUAUACAUUCGGCCCUAAACAAUCGAUAUAAAAUUUUACCUUUUGUUUAUUUUUAUAGCUUUAAGUAUUCUCGUCAUUCGAUUGCUUAGAUCCUAGAAAAUUUAUUUUGUGACCUCGUUUCCAGUGUUUGUGAUAUAUAUUUUUUAUAUUCGUUAUUUUUAUAUUUACUUUUUGUUAUUUUAAUUUUAACGUUUCUAGUCUUCAUCUAGAUCCUGUUUUUAAUUUGUAAUGACUGAUUGACAAUACUUUCAGUAUUACCAUUUCAAAUAUUAUUUAUUUUGGGGUCGAUUAAACCAGCCGCCAUCAAUUGUUUUUGUAAGAACUAUACUUUCCAUUUUUUAUGUUAAUGCUCGUUUCAUUUUUAUUGCCAAUUUAUAUUUGUCAAGUUUCCAAAAAAAUAAAUAAGUAAAUUAUAAUAGUAUCAAAAAUUCUAAUUGAAAUGAUUGAAGUCUAGAAUUUGGGCCCAUAACCUCAAAUUUAGUCAGUUGCUUCUUGAUGUAAAUUUUUUCUCUAAGGAGAGGGCGAAGUUGUUUGAUGUGAGACCUUCUCCUUGAAUUAUCGUUAAAUUAAGGCUUCCUUAUUAUUUCACCACCUUUCAUAAAAAAACGCAGAGUCCCAACCAAGAUAAUAAGUUCCUAGAAAGUUGUCCCAUUCAUAUUUGACAGGUGCGCCCAAGUGACAAGAUAAAUAAGGCGUCCUUAGAAUAAGGAAGCCUUAAGGAACGACUCUACAUUCAGCCCCAAGCAAUCUAUUUAAAAUCUUGCAUUUUGUUUAUUUUUAUAGCUUCAAGUAUUCUUGUCAUUCCACAGAUUAGAUCCCAGAAAACUUACAAGUAUUAUUUUGUGAUCUCAUUUUCAGUGAUUGUGAUAGAUAUUUUUUAUAUGCGUUAUUUUCCUAUUUAUUUAUUUGCUUGUUUUUUAAUUUUAACGUUUCUAGCCGUCAUAUAGUUUCUAUGUUUAUUUUGUUUUGAUAGUACUCUCAGUAUUAUUUUAAAUAUUUUUUUGAGGUGGAUUAAACUUAGCUUAGCUUCAAGAACUGGCAGCCUAAAUUUGCUUUUGCAAGAACUCAACUCUUUAAAAAUAUACUUCCUGCUUUUAUGUUGAUGUUUAUUUCAAUUUUAUUGCCGAUUUGUAUUAGCCAUAGUUGUAAAAGAAAACAAUACGUAAAUUAUAAUGGUGAUUGUAAUUGAAAUUAUCAAAGUCUAGAAUUUAACCUCAAAUUAACUCGGUUCUACCAACUUUUGAUGAUUUUUAGCAUCACAGCGCGUGUAUUACAGAAAUUAGACUUCGAAUGAAAUUGAAUAUUUGUAUUGAAUUAUUUUACCAGAAUUUGUGUUCCAUAAAAUAAGUGAUAUGUUUGUGUUUAACAUAACGAUAUGUAUGUUGUGUAUUUAUUAUAUUGUAAGUAAAAUGUAUGAAUUACUAUCGAUAUAAGGUUUGUGUGGGGAACACAGAA